CAUGGCGCUUCGAAACCGCGGCAACGAUCUGCCGCCGCCGACAUUCGAGUUGGAGUCGUGGUCGGCGAACUACGACGGACCGCUUCUUCCCUACCGCCUCCUCCACAUCGCACUCCGCUGCAAAGACCUCUCGAAGCAAGCAUUAACGCUGGCAGUCGGCUACGCGAAGAAGGGCAAGGACGUCCAGCUCUACAACCGCCUCACAGAUGCCGCCGCCAACCUCGGUAUCUCCGAUCUCGCGAAGCAAGACACGGCAUGGGCAUCACGGAGGGAUGAGGAGAACCGGCGAGAGCAGAGCCGGCUGGAGAGCGAGCUGCGAGGAUACAAGAACAACCUCAUCCGCGAGUCGAUCAGGAUGGGGCAAGAAGAUCUGGCGACACAUCUCCUCCUCACUGGCGGUCCCGUUCCCGACCCAACCAGCCCGCAAUCGCUCAAUUCCUCAGGCUACAAUGCUGCUUAUAACCAAUUCGGCAAGAUGCGCGACUACUGCACCACUCCGACCCACAUCAACGCCAUGAAUUUGCGUUUGCUCUACACCUCUGUUCUCCAGACUGUCUCCGCCCAGCUUCGAGGCAACUCUGCCACCAUGCAUCUGCAGAGCGUUUUAAUCAACGGCGUUCGCCUGCGUUCGAGCGGCGUCAAGGAAGAAGAGCAGUCGAAGUUGACCCCACUCAUGUGCGUCUCGGUCGGCAUCGCCAACCUCGGUCAAGGGCACUACACCGAAGCGGCAAAGAGCUUCCUGGCGACUUCAUUUGACUACCACAACCUGGGUCCCGUCCAGAACAUUGACUUUGAGCGGUCAGUGGCCAACGCGAACGAUGUGGCCAUCUAUGGUGGACUUUGUGCACUGGCGACGAUAAGCAGAGAUGAGCUCGUGGAACAUGUGCUCGGAGGACCUUUCCGUGCUUUCCUUGAACUGGAACCACAUAUGCGCAAAGCGAUCGGCCUCUACACGACAGCCAAGUACCAAGCUUGCAUCAACACACUUCAGCGUUACUACAGCGACUGGAAUCUCGAUGUUUUUCUGGGCGCGAGAAGUCCCAACACGAUUGGCUCACAUGUCGACUGCUUAUUUGCUAGGAUCCGCGAGCGCAGCAUCACAGCCUACUUCUCGUCCUUCUCCGAAGUCAGCCUUGCCUCCCUCGCCUCGACCUUCCCACCUCUCUCGACCGCGCCAGAUGCGAUGGAGGUGGAAGUACUCAACAUGAUCGAGAAUGGCACACUCAAUGCGCGAUUAGAUGUGGUCAAUGGCGUCCUCAUCGCGCCGCAGAAAGAGAUCCGGUCGGCUACACAUCUGGCUGCGAAGACUGCAGCGGAAGAGGUGGAGCGCACGCUACUGUUGCGUCUGCACAAGGUGAAUAUGACACUGGCUGGGCUCGAGAUUCCAAAGCCGAAGGGAGUUUGGGAUUCGGUGCGAGGGAAUGGCUACUAGUCGGACAGGAGAGGAAACGGACAAGCAUGGAGAUGAUGACACGAAACAUGAUUGCUUUGAUGCAUAGCGAAGAGGCGUUUAGUGAGAGGGAGAGGGAGAGCUGGCAAUUGAGCCGGCGCGUUUUACAUGUACUUUAGCAUAGAGUGCUGAACAACCGCAGCAGCUCGCAGCUAGAGCGUACAAACUGAAGAUACCAUGAAUGAACCGCGAUCUCUUCGCUUG